CCGGAAGUGACGGCGCCGGAGGGCGGGACGAAGCCACUAGGAGGAAGUCCGCGGUCGGCGGCCGCCUGGAGCACGGGCAAAGAAAAAUCGAGACAUUCGGACGCCUCACCGUGUUGCGAGUCGGGCCGAAGUGGUCGAUGACGGAGGGGCGCCCGCCCGAGCCCGGCAGGCGGGGUUUGUCCGGUUGUUUCAGAUGACAUCAUAUAAUAACCAGAAUGGGAGUGACUGAUUUGUGGCAAAUUCUGGAGCCUGUUAAGCAACACACCCACUUACAUAGUCUUAGUGGAAAAACCAUUGCAGUUGAUCUGAGUCUCUGGGUAUGCGAAGCACAGUCAGUCAAAAAAAUGAUGGGAACAGUCGUGAAACCCCACCUCAGGAAUUUAUUUUUUCGUAUCUCAUAUUUAACACUUAUGAAUGUGAAACUGGUGUUUGUUAUGGAAGGGGAACCCCCAAAAUUAAAGGCUGAUGUUAUGAGCAAGAGGAAUCAGAUUCGUUAUGGAUCUUCAGGAAAGCAACGGACUCAGAAAACAGGGAGAUCACACUUUAAAUCAGUCUUAAGAGAGUGUUGUGACAUGCUGGAGUGCUUAGGAAUUCCCUGGGUGCAGGCAGAUGGAGAGGCCGAGGCCAUGUGUGCUUUCCUCAAUGCCAGUGGGCGUGUCGAUGGCUGCAUCACCAAUGACGGAGACGCUUUCCUCUACGGGGCCCACACUGUUUACAGGAACUUCACUAUGAAUAUCAAGGACCCACACGUCGACUGUUACACAAUAUCAUCCAUCCAGAGUGAACUCGGCUUGGAUAGAGAUGCUCUAGUUGGACUUGCAGUACUGCUUGGCUGUGAUUACCUUCCGAAGGGAGUCCCUGGAGUUGGAAAAGAACAAGCAUUAAAACUUAUCAGGAUUUUGAAAGGGCAAAGUUUACUUCAGAGGUUUGAUCAGUGGAAUGAAAAAUCUUGUUACUCUGAUCCACAACCACCAGUCAUUAAAAAACUGGCUCAUUGUUCUGUGUGUUCUCAUCCAGGUUCACCUAAGGAUCAUGAACGUAAUGGAUGCAAAUUAUGCAAGAGUGACCGAUAUUGCGAGCCGCAUGAUUAUGAUUACUGCUGUCCCUGUGAGUGGCACCAAACAGAACAGGACAGGCAGCUCCAGGCAUUAGAGAAUGUUAUAAAGAAAAAAGCAUGCAGUUGUGAAGGUUUCCCAUUCCAUGAGGUGAUUCAAGAAUUCCUUUUCAACAAGGAUAAGUUGGUAAAGGAAAUUAAGUACACAAGACCUAAUUUAUUAUUGUUUCAGAGAUUUGCAUUGGAAAAAAUGGAGUGGCCCAAUUCCUAUGCAUGUGAAAAAUUGUUAGUACUUUUGACUCACUAUGACAUGACUGAGAGAAAACUUGGUAAAAGGAACUCAAAUCAACUACAGCCAAUUCGAGUCAUUAAAACCAGAAUUAGAAAUGGAGUGCGUUGCUUUGAAGUAGAAUGGGAAAAGCCUGAACAUUAUGCUAUGGAAGAUCAACAUGAAGAACUGGCUCUACAAACAAUAGAAGAAGAAUCACUGUUUGACUCAGCUUACCCAGAGAUUGUUGCUGUUUAUCAAAAACAGAAAUUAGAAGUCAAAGGGAAGAAACAAAAAAGCAUGAAAAUUAAACCUAAGAAAAUCAAUUUGCUAGACUCAGAUGAGAUGAAUUUUCAGUCACACAUGACUUCAAAACUCACAUGUGAAAUUAUUUCUAAGCAGAAUUGUAAGUCCAAUUGGGAAAUUUCCCCUGAUUCUCCAUCACCCCUGGAAUCAAUACCUGCAUCAUUGAAUAAUUUAAUUUUAUCUGAAGAUACUCCCUGUUUAGAUACACAAGAACAGUUAAAGUCCUCUCUAAGACCUUUGGCUAUGCAGCAAAUUAAAGCUGUUAGUGAAUCUCUAAUUUCAGAAUCUAAUCAACCUAAUACCUCCUUCCCAAAUACAUCAGUGAUUGCUGAGUUACAUUUGAGCACCAUUGACUGGGAAGGCACUUCUUUCAGUAAUUCUCCAGCUCUUCCACGGGACACUUUACCUCCUGGUUUAAAAUCAAACCUUAAUACUGCCAGUCCUGGUAUCUUUAAAAAUAUCCCAGAGCAGUUGUCAUGUAACUCAGAAUGGUACAGCACCAAGAAUAAUGAAAUGCUGAAUUGGAAGCUUCAAAAGACAAAUUCCGAAGAACAUCUUCUUUCUGGCAUCGCUGAUUUACAUCUUCAGGAUUUGCCUUUAAAAGAGCGAAUAUAUAAAAAGUUAUCACAUCCUCAAGAUUAUGUGCAACCGAAUGUUGAUCUGAAAACUUUGUCCCCACUUAAGAAAGAAUCUUGUUUUGCUAGUAGCCAUUCUGAUUGUCCGUCACAUAUGUCAAAGGCUCCUCUAGGAACUGACGUGCGGAAUGAAUCUAGAAAUUCUAAAAUCCUCAAAGGAGACCACCUGUUUCAAGAACACUUUAAUAUGAAUACUUCUGUACCUUCCUCAGUCAGUAAUCUUCUAGAAAAGACCUCCAGUGUUGGAGUUGAAUCUCCACUUGCUACAUUAGAUCACAGUGGGAAAGUUGCUGUGCAAAGUAUUCAGGAAAUUAUCACAAAGAGAAGUGUUUGCCUUGACAGACAUUCUUCUGAUGAAGAAAGUGUCCCGAUGUUUGGGAAAGUGAAGCACAUAACUCAAAAAACAAAGCAGAGCUCUCAGAAGCAUAACCUACCGCAGCUCCAAAAAAGGGAUGCCAAUAACUUGAAUAACUUUGAGAUAUGUAAUAAAGAAACUGAACAUUGUGUCCAGGCAUAUAAAACCACUAGGAAUGAGCAAAACUGUUUCCCAGAGGCAGUGAAAGGUUCUCUGGGUUCCCUCCACUGUGAUAAGGGAAAAGAUGACUCUGGGAAUUGUUUGGAUAGCCCUCUUCCUUUAUGUGAGAGAUUAAAGCAAAGAUUCAGAAACACUUGAAGUGAAAUUAGAGAUACUGAAGUAUUUAUGUAUGUAUUACAUAAUCUAGUAUGAUCAGUUUGGCUUUAAAAAAAUAAUGUUCUAUUAUAUUUCAUGAAAUGCUUUUACGAUUUUGCUCAGAACUAAUAAAUAUUACCUAAAACUUUAUUUUUAUGGUGAGAACUUUAGGUAAUAUGUAUUUGCAGCAUAUAAUACUUCCGUAUUUUAAAAAUCUUUAUCAGACUUGCUCUUAAACAUGUGUCUCAUUUUUGCUUCUCUCUAUGUUUCUUUGCUUAUUUCCACUCUGAAGAAUUCUGUGUUCUUGCUUAAACAUAUUUUCUGUCUUUCUCCUCUCACAUAUUCCUAAGCAAGUUUCAUUCAAUAAAAACUAUCUUGCUUCAUAUACCAAAAAAAAUCUCUAUUAGGGGCUGGCUGGAGUACAGUGCAUAGGGCCUUACAUGCAGUCAACCCAGGUUUGAUUCCCAACAUCCUCCAUGGUCCUCCGAGCUCCUCCAGGAGUAAUUCCUGAGUGCAGAACCAGGAGUGACCCAUGAGCAUCACCGGAUGUGACCCAAAAAGCAAAAAAAAAAGAAAGAAAUAUUUAUUAGUUUUUUUAACUAUAGCUCUAAAAUGUUAGAACAGUAUCUGACAGAAUAAGUGCUUCACCUAUUUGUUCUUUUUUUACUAAUUUCUUUCACAAACCUCUAAAGUAUUUAUUUAUAUUAUAUCUUGUUCCCAAGAGGUAACUUUAUUAUUACCUACAUUUUUACAUGUUUAUAUUGUGCCCUUUCUGAAAGUUAUGUUUUUCUCUCACUAUGAAGAUGCUUUUAGGGUAUUCUUCUGGUUUGAUGACCUUCUCUUUCAUGAGAAGCAAAAAAUAGGGAAAAAAAUCAAUAGAUGUAAAAAUUAUGGUCAUAAUGGUUAAAUAAACAGGAAAGCUGUUAUUUUGCUUCCCCUGGAGUUCACAGGUAUGCCAAGUCAAAAACUUUUUAGAAAAUAGAAUGUAUUAUCAGAAGAUUAGAAACUUAUCUUGGAUCACAUGUUUAAUAACAGUAAAAAAGCCAAAUUUCUUCCACCAUUAUGAAUUGGCCUUUCUGCUUUCUUUUUCUUCUAUAGUAUGUUUUCUUUGCCUGUUAUUUUUUUUUUUUAAAUGAACUGUAUAGGGUGGAGAUAAAGCACAAAAGAGAGACCACAUGCUUUGCUUCAGCAGGCCCGUGUCCCCCUGCUUGCUUUAAGCCCUGAUGCUGCCCAGGUGAUUCCUAACGAAAAAAAUGAAUCUAUAUGAAGCCAAUUUUGGUACCUCCUGUUAUAUAAUUGUUUAGUGUUCAAAAAUUGUAGUGGCAACCAGGAAAAGUAAAAUUCUUUGCAGAUGAUAAGAUCAUGUCUGUACAAAAGGCCAAGGAGUCCAUUGGCAACUACCAGAAAUGAUAACUGAUUUCAGCAAGGUUGUAUGCUGUAAGAUAAAUACAUAAACAUCAACUGUAUUCCUAAUCAGCGGCAGUGAAU